CUCAAAAUGGUUACUUUUUCCCCUCUAUCAUUCUCUCUCUAGGCUUAUCGAUAUGAUAAUAAGGGCCAUAGCAGCAUAGCGUAGCAUAGUACAGUACACAGAGAGAUCAUCAGAGAAAAAAAAAAGAACAGAACAGGGCAGUUUCACAGAUUUUUUUCUUCUUUCCUAGUUACAUCAUCCAUCCUGAUGAUUUCCCCCCUUAAUAAUCUUUCAGCAAAUCCCAUGAACCAAACGUACACUAUCCCUCUCAUUUCCCCUCUAUAAUAUAACCCCACUUACUCUCAUCCCAUUUCCACAAAUUGUCAACUUCAUUAUCCACAAUAUGUUCUAGCUAGCUAGUGUUCCAUUUUCUCUGUGUGACUUGAAAACUAGUGUAUUUUCGUUUGUGUUUUGAUGGAGAACUAUCAGAUGCAUUUUGAUUGUGGUGAUACGCAUUUGCCACCGGGUUUUAGGUUUCAUCCGACUGAUGAAGAGCUAAUUACUUACUAUUUGUUGAAGAAGGUUCUUGACUGUAACUUUACUGCUCGAGCCAUUGCUGAAGUUGAUCUCAAUAAAUGCGAGCCUUGGGAGCUUCCAGGGAAAGCAAAGAUGGGAGAAAAAGAAUGGUACUUUUUCAGCCUACGUGAUAGGAAGUAUCCAACGGGGUUAAGAACUAACAGAGCUACAGAGGCUGGUUACUGGAAAGCUACUGGAAAAGACAGGGAAAUUUUCAGCUCAAAGACUUGUGCACUUGUUGGUAUGAAGAAAACCCUAGUUUUCUAUCGAGGAAGGGCUCCUAAAGGAGAGAAAAGCAACUGGGUUAUGCAUGAAUAUCGUCUUGAUGGAAAAUUUGCUUACCACUAUAUCUCAAGAAGUUCAAAGGACGAGUGGGUGAUCUCUAGGGUCUUUCAGAAAAGCGGUUCUACUGGUACUGCCACUUCAAAUGGUGGCAAAAAAAGGUUAAGUUCAAGCAUCAACAUGUACCAGGAAGUAAGUUCACCAUCCUCAGUCUCGCUUCCGCCACUCCUUGAUUCCUCCCCAUACAGCACAACUGCUACUUCAGCUGUUAUUAAUACUGAUCAUCAUGAAAGCUUCAAGAAGGAGCACGUGCCCUGUUUCUCCACAACAACACACAGUAGUACUUUCGACCCAAGUUCUGUCUUUGACAUGAACACAUUGCAUGCACUGCCUGCUCCUAGUUUCAGUGCUAUUCUCGACACUAACCAAACCAAUUUCAACCACUACACAAGGAACUCUACUUUUCCAAGUUUAAGGUCACUCCAUGAGAACCUUCAGCUUCCAUUGUUUUCGAGUGGAACUUCGGCUAUGCAUGGUGGAUUUUCUGCUCCUAUGGCUAACUGGCCGGUGCCGGAGACUCAGAAAGUUGAGCAUUCUGAACUUGAUUGUAUGUGGAGUUACUAAAAUGGAUGUGUUAAAUUAACAGGUGUUUAAUUUAACUGUGAUGUCUUGUGUUUAAGAAGUUAAUUAAUUAGUGUAAUGUUUCAGUAGUGUUUUCUUUAUGUUCAGUAAGGGAAUGUACUGUGUGGCAGUCUUUAUUAGUGUUGUCACUUUGUUGUAGA